AUGACGGAGCUGAAAAAUCCUGAGCCUGAAAUUUUUCGCCCCUACCUUCCUGAUGUCGCUGCGUUCACGGAAAAAGGGUACAGGCCAGGAGAGAGUGUUAUUUGCACUGGUAAGAUCAAACAUGUGGGGAGCACAUAUUUGAAGGAGCUGGGCUAUCUCAAAAGCCUUGUCCCAGCCGACGACGUUAAGAGCCUCAAGCUUACCUUGCCGGCGCCAAAUUGGUAUCAUCUACGAUACAAGGAGGGUCGUGCAUAUCCAAAGCAUGUGUAUCCGUCCGACGACGAGUUCUUCGCAGACGUGGCCAAAGCGUAUCAAACGGAAUUGCAGCUUCUGUACGACGCAGGGCUAAGGAAUGUGCAGAUCGAUGAUCCUAACCUCGCGUAUUUCUGCAGCGAGAGCAUGCUUGCAGGAUGGAAAGCAGAUCCACUGAACAAAGGCAGUGCGGACGACCUGUUGGAUGCCUAUAUUGAGCUUUACAACGACUGCCUAAGCAAGAGGCCGGCAGACAUGCACGUGGGUCUUCACAUAUGUAGGGGCAACUUCGUCAACAGCCGCCACUUUUCGGAAGGGGGAUAUGACAGAAUCGCGACGAGGCUGUUUAAAAAGCUCAACGUGGACACGUACUAUCUGGAGUACGACACUCCACGGGCUGGGGGGUUUGAGCCCUUGGUGCAUGUGCCCAAGGGUAAGAAUGUCAUUGUUGGGGUGAUAACCAGCAAGUUCCCUGAGCUGGAGGAAGAAGCGGAGAUGAGAAGACGAGUGUUAAAGGCAGCGGAGUUUAUGGCCAGGGGGAGCGGCGAGUCUGUGGAAGAGGCGUUGGACCGAGUGGGACUGAGUCCACAGUGUGGGUUUGCCAGCCACAGCUCCGGAAAUGCCGUUGAUAGGGGUGAUAUGGUUAACAAGCUCAAGCUGGUGAGACGGGUGGCAGAUAGCCUUUGGCCAGGACAGCCGUAA